CCCACCAAGCCACCCCAGACUUUUAUUAAUUUGAGCUUCGAUAUACACUCAUAACACUAGCGUCAUCUUGAGAUACCAGACCAGUCAGUCAGUACCUUAUCAUAUUCGAGGCUGAGGAAAAUUAUAGUUCAACCGACAAUUUCGAUAACAAUAAUAAUUAAGACAUCAAUGAAUUCUUUAAUAACAGCAAUAUAAUCUGUUGUCGAAUUCUCACUUGGAGCGGGAUUUCAUUUCGUCUUUCUUUCCCGAACAGUGAUUUUCUCCAGCCUUGAGAUACUUGGGAUAUUUCGCCAUCUCGUUUGCGCCCCCAUAGAACCUCGAUGCGCCGUUAACAUUCACGCGUUAUUAAGAAACGAAUUCGACAAAAUACAUUAGGGACUUUCAUAUUCGAAUCUUGGGUUUUUCGAAUGAGCUGCGCUGCAGAAUCUGAACGGCCGAUAAAUUGACAUUGCGCCUCAUCGACAUCUGGAAGCUAUUUACAUUACAUAAACUCUGUAGACGCCAAUCUGAUCCUGCUCAAUACGUUGGCCCCCAAAGUUCCCGAGUGACAUAUUCUAGUAAGAAAGAUGAGCGAUCUGGAUAGAGCCAUUUCGCAAUUGCGAGCUUGCCGACCCAUCCCAGAAGCAGAAGUUCGAGAAUUAUGUCAUAAAGCGAGAGAAUUGUUGAUCGAGGAAGGGAAUGUGGUCACAGUAACAGCUCCAGUUACGAUAUGCGGUGAUAUUCAUGGACAAUUUCACGAUCUCAUGGAGCUAUUCAGAGUUGGUGGUGAUGUGCCCGAUACAAAUUACUUAUUCAUGGGUGAUUUCGUUGAUCGAGGGUUCUACUCUUUAGAAUCUUUCCUCCUCCUACUGUGCCUCAAAGUACGAUAUCCAGAUCGAAUGACCUUGAUCCGAGGUAAUCACGAAUCUAGACAAAUUACAACAGUUUAUGGAUUUUACGACGAAUGCUUACGAAAGUAUGGAAGCGCAAAUGUGUGGAGAUACUGUUGCGAAGUGUUCGAUUAUCUUGCUCUCGGUGCAAUUGUGCUUGGAGCAUCAAGCAGUCUUCAACCUACAUCUAUGCCAAAUGGCGAACACAGUACCUCCUCGACGCAAGAAUUUAAUGACGAGGAUGUGGAAAUCGAGAUUCUAAAUGUUGAUGGAAGUAUUAUGAACAAAUUUCUACGAAACAGGGACAAGAUCGGGAAAAGAAAGCCAUCUAUAGAUUCAGAAAUGAGUUCAUCAGACAAGGGUUCUCCAAGUCCCCAAAGCAAAUUCCCCACCAGUCUUGGUGCACCUGGUUCUGGGGCUUCAGGUUACAGUGGAGGAAGUUCAGGCAAUCCCUCCGGCGCGGUUUUCUGUGUCCAUGGAGGUCUUUCCCCUCUGAUCCAAGCAGUCGAUAAAAUCCGUCUCUUAGACCGCAAACAAGAAGUCCCUCAUGAAGGCGCCAUGUGUGAUCUACUCUGGUCCGAUCCUGAUGAAAUAGAUGGCUGGGGUCUCUCCCCACGUGGCGCAGGAUUUUUAUUCGGAGCCGAUAUCGUCAAAAUGUUCAACCAUACCAACGACCUUUCAAUGAUUGCUCGAGCCCAUCAGUUAGUAAUGGAGGGGUUUAAAGAGACUUUCGAUCAUAGUAUUGUUACAGUAUGGUCUGCGCCAAAUUACUGCUAUAGAUGUGGAAAUGUAGCAGCGAUUAUGGAAUUAGGAGAGGAUGGGACAGGAAAUGGAAUAAUGGCAAGGAGUAAUGGAGAAGUUAGUAGAGGGAAUGGUGCUAAUGCGCCGUUAUUGAAAGAGAAAGUAGCAUUGAGUGGACCUGCAAGGAGAUAUAGGGUUUUCCAUGCGGCGCCACAGGAUUCAAGGGGCAUGCCGGCUAAGAAACCGGUGGCGGAUUAUUUCUUGUGAGGAUUUCGCACGAGUUCUCAUCAUGUCAUGUCAUAUCAUAAUUUAUGGUACGUAUGGUAUUGACGCAAUAAUUGAGGAGAGUAGUGGUUAUGAUGUGAGAAAUGACAGAACGAGACCCUCUUACAUGGGUCAAAUGGAUUCAUAUGAAGUGGUAUUGGUAGCAUGGAAAUGCAAGUGUGCACUUAAAUGUCUAGAUGUAUUUAUGUAUGUAUGUAUGGCGUUAGCAAGAUCGGGACUUGUGGAUAUCUGGUAUGGGAAUGAGAAUGAAAAUACUAUUUGUUCCACGUUUCCAUGA